UAGCACACCACUCAAACCUAAAACCCUAAACCCGUCGGAAACAGGGUUAACAUCCACAGGGCAGGAAAGGUCCUUUUAUAAACAAAACUCCACUGCGUCUGGCCAAGAAACAACCAAAGGAGGAAACUGUGUUCUUCUGUCGUUUUGAAACCAGAGAAACAAUGGCAACCUCAAUCGUUUCACAGCUUCAGGCAAUCAAGUCUAAAGUGCUAUCGGAUUCAGCGCCGCAGAAACAACCCUUCACACGGCCCUCAGUCCUAUUCAGCCCAGAAAAAGCUGCUGACUACGACAUAAACACCAUUCAUAGCAUCGCUCUCUCAGGUCUGGAUUCCCUAAUAAACACUGACGAAAGGUUCCGGAAUUACAAAAAUGACUUAUUUAGUCACAAGAGUAGAGAUUUGGAUAGAGAGUUGAUGGGCAUUGAGGAAAACAACAGAAUCAACGCAUCCAUCAAUUCAUAUUUGUGGUUAUUGUCUGGAUAUCUUGAAUUGCGUUCGGCCAUGCUGACACUAGAGUAUUUGAUUCGAAGAUACAAGAUUCAUGUCUAUAAUAAGGAGGAGUUAAUUUUAUGUGCCUUGCCUUACCAUGAUACCCAUGCAUUUGUUGACAUUGUGAAAUUAAUAGAAACAGGAAACACUAAAUGGAAAUUUCUUGAUGAUGUUAAGAUCACUUGUGCACCACCUUCCAGGAAGGCUAUUGUGCAACAAUGUGUCCGUGACUUGGGGAUUUUAGAUGUUUUGUGCGACUAUGCAACAAGAGCAAAGAAGAUUCAGCCAUCUAGACCUGUAAUUGGCUUUUGUACAGCAGUGGUUGUUGAGGUGUUGGGCUCGCUAAUGACCAUAGACAAUGAUGUGGUAAAGAGAGUUCUACCAUAUGUUGCUUCUGGACUUCAACCUCAUGGUAAAGGAGGACGUGAUCAAAAGGCUGGUGCCUUGAUGAUUGUCAGCUUGCUAGCUUAUAAGGUGGCCCUGUCCCCUAAUGCUGUCAGAAGCUUGAUUCGCUCCCUAGUAGAUGUGGCUUGCAGUGAUGCAAAGGAUUCAACUGACUUACGGUCGUUUCGCAUGUCUUUUAUGGCCUUAGUUAACCUUGUCCAGUUGCAGUCUGUUGAAAUAAUUCCAAAGAAGAGCAUGGGUAUUCUAAACGAGAUCAGGGAUAUAUCGGAAUUUCUCAGUGGGCUGACAGAAGAGUUCAACAUUGACAAAUUCUUGGGCGUGCUCUUGGACUCCCUUCUUGAGUACAGUUCUUCUGAUGAUGCAUUCCAUCAGACUUUAUUAGCCAUAAUUGAGACUGUUCCUGUGAAAAGCUUACUUGAUCGCAUAGUCUCAAAGCUGCUAAAUACGCAUUUGAGGACAUUUAAAAACAGUGAUUUAACUGCCUCCAACACAGGAAACCUUACCAGGCAGAUGUUGGUAUCAUUAUAUAAGAAGUAUCCAUCUGAGUUGCAAAAAGCAGUUCACAGAUUCCUACAGACCAAGAAAGAGGCGUCCUGUCAUGAAACACUAAGCCAGAUGUUCGAUGAGAAUAUGGAGUUUUCACAUACAUUAAUUGAUUCAAAAGUUUGGUUUUCCUUGGAACAUCCAAAGGCAGAGAUUCGGCAUUCCACCAUUUUGGGUCUGGAUGUGCCCAGUUUGCUAAAUGACAAGGCUGUUGGUUCUCCGAGGUUUGAUACUAUUCAAGAUGCAAUAUCACGGAGGCUUUACGAUGAUGACCUAAGUGUUGUUAAGGCAGUUUUAAAUGUAGAGGCACUGUCUGAAAUAGUAAAUCCUUCAUUUCUUCUUGAUGCAGUCCAGAAUGUGCUUUGGAGAUGCAUUGGGCUUUUAGCAUCUAGUCCAGAGCACAAAUCUUCUCUAGCAGUUGAUGUUGCUGUGUCUUGCCUUCAGCAUGCUGUGAUAAGUUGCCAGGAAAUUGGCUCAUUUUCCAAAAAGUUUGCAACACUACUUUUCCCCUUGAUCUUGAUUGUUCCAAAGACACAUGAAUUAAAUGUUAAGGCCUUGAGAAUAGCCAAGGAAAUAAAGUGGCCUUUGUAUACCAAUCUUGUCUCUUUGUCAGAGCAGAAUAAGAAAUGGGAUGUUGGAUGCAUAUCCUCAGUAAAUGCAGAAAAUAUCCGCAUAUUGGCAAGAACAUUCCUUAUGCAUAUUGGAGAUUAUCUGCCUUGGCUGGUUGAAUGCUGCAAUGCGUCAGAGCUGUCAAAGACAUUGUUCUUUUUGGUUUUAUCAGAAUUACUUGUGUUGCCAGAAAUAGGGGAUCAAUUUUUAACAUUGUUCAGCACUUUCUUUCCAAUACUAAAAACUCAGUGGGAACUAUUGAUGUCUUCAGAGGAUGUUUUAUCUGCAAGCCGGUUUAACUUGGGCAUGUUGGAUGGAGACCACAAAGGGUUCUUGGAAUGCAUGAAUGGAACUAAGAUAAAAGAAUUGAAUGCUGACAUGCUUAUCUGUUUGUUUUGGAGGUUACUCGAGGCUUUUAUUUUAAAAGCACCGGAAGAUGUAUCUUUGGACAAGAGUGGGAAGUGGGUAUCCUCUCUUCAGGAUCUACUUGUCUUUUUCAUGUCCCAAUCAAAAUAUAAUUUCAAGAAACACUGUGAUUACAUUGUUACGAAGUGCAAGAUCCCUCCAUCUCACUAUCUUUCAAAACUCUUUACAGAAGAAGGACAUUCAUCUGCUGUCCAAAUUGGGAGUCUUCAUUCUUUUUCAUAUCUUUGUGCGCAAAUGGAUGACAGCCUUAAGUUUCAACUAUGUGCUGAAUUUCCUUCACUUCUUGUUCCAUUAUCAAGUGAUAAUCAGGAUGUGCGGAUGGCAGCCAUGAGCUGUAUUGAAGAGCUUCUCACUAUGUGGUCACAUGUUAAUUUCUCCCGAUAUAGAAAUGGCCUUCAUACUGACUGGGUUAAUUUCCUUGGAGAAUUGUUGGCCUUAAUGGUUCAGCAGAAGAAGCUAAUAGUCUCAGACAAGAAUGUUCUCCCAUCCUUCUUUACAUCCCUGCUAAGCUCCUCCAGCCAGAGCCUUUUAGUAAAACAGGACAUUGGAAAGAGAUUUGAUCAGACCACAAAACAUAAUAUUUUAGCUUUCAUUUUACUAUCUGCUCUAGGACUUUCUGCCUAUGCGAAGCUAAGAAUUCUGUUAUUGCUUAAAGGCUUGGGAAGUAGGGUAAUGCGUAUUGCUAGUGUUAAGUCAUUUCUUCGUGAUCUUCUGGAAAUGCGCCACCAAUAUCUUCUUGGGUAUGACAAGUCAUACCCUAAAUUGUCAAAGGUUGAAGUUAACGUUCUUUGCCUUCUGUUGGAUAUCUGUGCUACCCCUUCUACUUCCGCGGAUGACUUUAAAGACCUGAUAUUGAAGGCUUUGCAGUUCAGCGCUGUGCCAUCUGAAGACCCUGCUAUUGUAGAGCCCUGUAUAACUGCUCUGAGGAAUCUUACCAAUUCACAUUAUGGAGUUUUAGAUACCACAACUCAGAAGCAACUCUUUCGAGACCUUGUGUGUCUGUUCCGGAGUGCCAAUAGUGAAAUACAAAAUGCUAGUAAAGGGGCUUUGCUGCGGAUUAAUAUUAGUUGCUCCAUUGUUUCCAGCAUGCUUGAUUUGAUAUCAAACCAGAACAUUAACAGUAUAUGCUCUGCACAUGCAAAGAGAAAAAGAAAGGAAGCAAUCCAUCAAGAUUUUGAUGCUUGUGAUGAUUCGAAUCUUAAAUUAGAGGAUCCAUGUGCUUUUACUAGCUCUCUACUAGAUGUUUUACUGUUGAAGAAAAAUAUGAAGAACAGAAUAUCUCUUGUGGGUCCGUUGUUCAAGCUUCUUCAUAAGAUCUUUAUGGACAAUGAUUGGACACUUUUGCUAAGAUCUUCUUCUCAGACUACUUCUAGUACUGUAAUUCACAUUCAACAAACAGCACUCCUACUGUUAGAAGAUAUUGCUACUUCAAUCACAUUCAAGGAUGACGAUGGUGUAGAAUUUAAGUUGGAAUUGCUAAUCAGAUGUGCCCGUCUUGCAAGUGAUGCUUUGACCCGCAAUCAUGUUUUGUCAUUGUUAUCGACUAUUUUAAAGGUCAUGCCCAACAGAGUUUUGGGAAACAUUUCAGAUAUUCGGAUUAUCGUGGGGGAAACUGCAGUUACACAGUGGGACAGUUAUUCUCAACGUGUCUUUGAAAACCUCAUUUCUGCUAUUGUGCCAUGUUGGUUGUCUAAAUACAGUAUGGAUGCAUUGCUAAAGAUCUUUGUGGAUUUUCUGCCCGAAGUGUCUGAACAUCGGAGGCUUUCAAUUAUUACGCACCUUUUGAAGAACUUAGGCGAGAAUACUAGUUUGGGAUCACUUUUCUUCCUCCUCUUCUGUUCUGUCAUCUCAAGAAAGAGUUUGUCUUGCACUAGUGAUGCCAAUCCUUCUUUGGGUUAUAUAACCUCUACAAUUAGUAUGGAAUGGGAGUAUGCAUUUGCUGUUUUGUUGUCCGAGCAAUAUCCAUGCACAGUAUGGCUUCCCUCCAUUGCCAUUCUGCUUCAGAAAAUAGGAAUAGAUUGUGAAAGUGAAGAAUUGUUUAUGGUCUUGGUAGUUGCGGAGCAUUUUGUUUCAAAUAAGCUGCAAGAUCCUGAAAUUGCUUUUAUGCUUGAUUCUGGAGAUGUCUCAGAAAGCAUUCAGCCAACAAUUGGAGUAAUUUUGGAAAAAAUGGUCUCUCAUCUGCAACUGGUGGAAUCCAAUGGAAAGCAGAUGAGUGCUCCUCUAAUCAGGAAGGAACUGAAGGAGCGCAUACGCUCUGUCUUAAAGGCAAUUGCAAAGUGCCUCAGACCAUCAAUAUACUUCAAAAUUGUUAUACAAUUACUUGGACAUGCAGAUAUUAAUGUCAAAAAGAAGGCUCUUGGGAUUUUGUGUGACACUGUGAAGGCCACUGGUGUCAUAGAUGCCAAGCGUGGGAAAAAAGAACUAACUUCAACCUCAAGAAAUUCAUGGACUCACCUUGAUGAGGAUUCUUUGGAAGUCUUUAACACGAUGUGUUUAGUAAUAUUGAAGUUUAUUGAUGAUCCUGCUAGUGACUCAAGCACUCAGUUGAAACUGGCAGCAAUUACAACAAUUGAGGUUUUAGCUAUCAGAUUCCCUUCAGAUAAUUCAGUCUUCCACUUGUGCCUUGCAUCUGUUUGUAAAAGUAUUUGUGCAGACAAUUCUGCCGUCUCUUCAGGUUGCCUUCGUACAACUGGUGCCUUGGUCAAUGUGUUGGGCCCAAAGGCACUACCUGAGCUUCCAUGUAUCAUGGAUAACCUGAUACGGAAGUCUCGUGAUUUCUCUAAUUCUCUGACAUCAAUUUCCGAUGAAACUGAUAGCAGGUCUAUUGCAUCAUCAGAACUAAGUGGCUCUCUAUUUAUGUCUAUUCUUGUUUCCUUAGAAGCAGUUGUAGAUAAGCUAGGUGGUUUCUUGAGUCCAUACCUGGGGUAUAUUCUUAAACUUCUUGUAUUAUGUCCGCAAUAUACAUCCACAACAGAAGAGAAGUUGAAGUCAAAAGCUGAUGAUAUACGAAGGCUCAUAGCGAGUAAAGUCCCUGUUCGCCUUUCCCUUCCACCUUUGUUGGAGAUCUACUCCAAUGCUAUUAGUUAUGGGGAUUGUAGUUUAUCUAUUACUUUCAAAAUGCUUGGGGACCUGGUCACUACAAUGGACAGACCAUCUAUUGGUGAAAAUCAUGCAAAGAUUUUUGACAAGUGUUUGCAAGCUCUUGAUCUUCGCCGUCAGCGCAAGACUUCUGUUAAAAAUAUUGAGCUUGUUGAGAAAAAUGUAAUUAAUACAAUGGUGGUUCUCACGAUGAAGCUGACAGAAACUAUGUUCAGGCCUCUUUUCAUGAAGAGUAUUGAAUGGUCAGGCUCAAAUGUGGAUGAUAAUGAAAUAAGGAGGCCAAAUGAUCGCACUAUUUCUUUCUAUGGCUUGGUAAACAUGUUGGCUGAAAGACAUCGGUCAUUGUUUGUUCCAUACUUCAAGUAUUUGCUUGACGACUGUGUAAGACACCUGACUGAUGCUGAAGAUGGAAAAAUUGUUGUUGCCCCAAAAAAGAAAAAGGCCAAACUUCAAGAAGUGAACAAGAAGGAUGCAGGAUGUGGUUUAUCUGUUGAAAUGUGGCAUUUAAGAGCACUGAUUUUGUCUUCGCUGCAAAAAUGUUUUCUUUAUGACACUGGAAACCAGAAAUUUCUUGACUCUUCCAAUUUUCAGGUCCUAUUGCAGCCUAUUGUGUUGCAGCUAGACGUAGAUCCACCAAGUUUGUUAGAGCAGCAUCCAAGUGUGCCAUCCGUGAAGGAAGUCGAUGACUUGUUGGUUGCAUGUGUUGGUCAAAUGGCUGUCACUGCUGGGUCUGACCUCCUGUGGAAGCCAUUGAACCAUGAGGUGUUGAUGCAAACUCGAAGCGAAAGAAUUCGUAGCCGCAUAUUGGGGUUGAGAAUCGUCAAGUAUGUGGUGGAGAAAUUGAAAGAAGAAUAUUUACAGUUUUUGGCAGAAACAAUUCCAUUCCUUGGUGAGCUGCUGGAGGAUGUAGAGGUACCCGUGAAAUCCCUUGCACAAGAGAUUCUAAAAGAGUUGGAAUCAAUGAGCGGAGAAAGCCUUGCGCAGUACUUGUGAGAAGUUGUACACUAUAACCAAUUAUAGGCUUCACUCCAGUAUAAUAUAUUAUAUAAAUUUUGAGUUGAAAAAUUUUGUUUAAAUUUGGGUUAGUGCAGUGCAUGGCACAAACAUGUGCAUGUGCAUGUGCUUCCCACUUUCCGCAUAAAUUUGCGUGCUUGCCUGCAUUAAAAAUUUGUAUUUUAGUUUCUAAAAAAAAAACUAAUUAACCUUACAGCAUAGAUGUUGAUGGAGGGAACAAAAUGUAGGUGAAUUCUGAGUCAAAUGUCUAUUCAUUGAAUGCAAUCACACUUUAAUUCAGAGUAAUA